GUAUCUACUAUGUUGCAUCCAACAUCCGUGUGGAGAACGCCAAUGGUGCCUACUUCCGUUCCCUGGUCGCCGUCAAUGGCAAGACCGAUGUGUCCAACGGUCUUCACCACAUCCAGGGAUCUCCCAAGACCAAUUACUUCACCAUGACUGUCGUGGGUGUUGUCCAAAUGACGAAGGGCCAGAACUUGUCCGCAAUGAUCUUCUCAUACAAUGAUCCUAGCUUCACCAUUGACACAGCAUCCAGUAUGAGCGUCGCCUACCUGAGUCCGACCAGUGUGUCUGUUCCGGGAUUCCACGCCGAUCUUCUACGUGACCUGACAUUCAAAACAAUUAACACCUGGGAAGUCAUCAAGGGAUGGCGAACAACAGGCUCAGCCGGCCUUUUCCAGUCCGGCAGUGACUUCAAUGCCAACACAGGUUUCUUCACAGCCAGCACACCCGGUGUCUACCAUGUCAGCGCUAUGAUUCGCCUGGAUAGUGCCUCAGGAAGGUAUUUCCGCAUCGCCGUCAACGUCGACAACAAGCCAACCCUACAUAAUGGCAUGCACUCUAUUCGCGGAUACCCACCGAGCAACUACUAUACUCUGACCGUGUCUGGAACCGUACCUCUCGAAGCUGGCCAGAAUAUUUCAAUCAUUGCCUAUUCGAACACUGACAGAGACUGGAGAGUCCAGCACGAGUCUGGCUUCAGCGUUUACCUGCUGGAGCGCAUAUCCCCUGGUGUCCAUGCCGAGAUGAGGGCAGACAACAAGAUGGGAUCAACGCAAUGGACUCGUGUCAAGAACUGGCGAACAAACCCCGGCAAGAACGACGGUCUCUUCCAGACUGGUGCUGAGUUCAACGCCGCCACUGGAUACUACACUGUCAGUGCACCUGGUGUGUACUAUGUGGCUGCUAACCUCCGAUUCGACCAACUCACCACCGGACAGGCGUACAUGAACAUUGCUGUCAACGACGACACCACAAUCAACAACGGUCUCAACGUCAGAGAGUCCUACCUGCCGCAGAAAAUCACACAGUUCUCACUGCGUACUUCUGGAUUCAUCCGUCUUCGUCUCGGAGACACCGUAUCCGUGUAUGUCAAAUCGCAAACAGACAAGGCAUACAACGUGCAGCACGAGAGCGGCUUCUCUCUGGCGUAUGUUGCCCCGCCGCUGUCCAUCCCGGCCUUCCUUGCCGACUACACUGUCAACCAGAACUACAGAGCCGCAGGCUGGUAUGAGCUCAACAAGAAGUGGGCCGUUGAAGGCAAAGACAGUCUGUUCAUCUCUGGUGGACAGGCCUUCAACCGCAACAAUGGUCGCUUCACUGUCCCAGCACCAGGAACAUACUGGGUGGUGGCCAAUAUCAUGUUCACAGGUCUGGAUGCAACCGGUGGUGCGCUACACGCCGCCAUCGGUGUCAACGGUGUGUACGACACCACAACUGGCCUGCACGUCAUGCGCAGCUCCAGCCCGGCCAAGUCCGCCCUCUUCUCGCUGAUGGUGUCCGGUGCACUGCAGCUGGAUACUGGCGACUACCUGAGCGUCUUUGUUGGCUCCGACAAGGACACAAACUGGGGCGUGUCCAGUCAAUCCGGCUUCAGCGCGGCAUUCAUCGGCACCAAGCUGCUCCAGGGUUUCACGGCCUGGGGACCUCCCGUCAGCCGAAAAUCAACUGGCUGGAUUCGUCAGGCCGGUUUCAACACCACUGGUUUCCCUGGACUGUUCAAUACAUUUGGUUCUCAGCCUGCAAAUGGCUUGUGGACGGUACCACAGAGCGGAUGGUAUUACUUGGCAGCUAACCACCACAUCACCGGAGGUAGCGGUUUCAUGAGAUCGCUUAUCGGCAUCUCACUCAGUCUCACGGCAAACAACGGCCUGCACUCGGCUCAGGGUAACCCCACAACCGAGUCCUCACCCUCCGUAGCUGGCAUUGCCCGCCUCAGGAAAGGACAGACCUUGUCUAAUCAUUUCUUCAGUCAAACGGACAAGAGCUGGUCGUACAGCACGCAGGGUUUCAGUGCUGUCGAGAUCGGUGACUAUCACCCACUGCCGUCAUUCCACGCGUUCCGCUGGGGUGUCAACGUGGCUCAGUCCGGGUGCUUCACGGUCAAGCCGUGA